AGAUUUUCGUUUUAAUUUGAAGUUUUUGUUCGAUUGUACGUUUUGUUUACAAAGUAAUCGGUAUCUGCAGCGGCUUUUAAAACUACAGAGCCCAUCUAACCUAAGGGUGAACUUCGGUGCAACGUUGUAUGUGCUGUGCCUGACGAGAUGGACCCUGAGCAUAUAGAGCUUAACAUGUUGCCAGAUCCUCCAGUGGCUGGUGAAACAAAUACCCAAGAACCAACACAAGUUCCUGUUGAACCUAUGGAACAGAAUCAAGAUGUGGUUGAACCACAAACAGAAGUAGAAAUGGUGGAAGGAGAAGGGGUAGAAGAUGGUUCUGAGUAUGAUGAAGAACAGGAUAAACUAUUAUCGAAGGAAAACAUGAAAGAACUGGCUCCAUGGUUUGUGUUAUCUGGCAUUGGUGUUACCCUACUGCUAGUAGCAGUGAUUCUAUUUUGUACUGGAACGGGACCCCCACAAAUGGAAUUAGACCCUUUAAAAAUCCCAGCAUACCAGGCUUCAAUAAAAAUCAAUUCGGUUGACGGUGAAAUGCUAAAGUUUGAUAAAAAUUUGAAAUACAUUGGAAGUAUGGAGUCAAGGGAACUAAGGCGUAUGGUAGAACCAAAGUUGAUGGAUAUAUACGAAGAAGCUGGAUUAAUGGAGGUAGAAGUUGUAGUUCUUGCAUUCAAGUAUGGUGGUGCUGGUACAACUAUGAACUCAACUAAACCAAUGGGUCGACUUGCUUCGGAAAUGGGAUCAGAUGGUGGGAUAGUUAUCAGGCAUUGGGUCUACACUUCUAAGAACAGCACUAUGUCCAUCGUGGACCUCAUUGAAAGUGUUAAACAAGCUGCUACCACUGAACCUGAUGUUAUGAUUGAUAUGGCAUCAAUACAGUUACUUCCCUUGGAUAACAUGACACUUGCUCAAGCUGCACUUGUGUUAUCACAACAUGGCUUCUUUAAACAUGGAAUUCAACAUCUAGACUUGACGUUGCUUAAUAAACUUGGACUUGUAAGAGGACCUGAGAAUCUUGGUGUACAAAGUGAUGAAGAUGAUGGUGUAUGCCCACCCCUCACCACCCCCCUACACACCACACUAUCGCCUACCUCUUGUAGGGAUUCAAGCAGUACAUACCUUGGUAUGGAGUGUACGUUUGAAUGUACUGGUGGUCGGUAUAUGGAAGGAUCAGCAACUCGUGUCUGCUUAUCAACUGGACAAUGGAGUGGGUCCCCUGCAGUUUGUAAAACCAAGUGUCCAGCAAUACACCUUGCAACAAGUGGAUCCUUACUACCUGGCUCAUGUUCACAAGAUCAGUCAAAUGAAGGCCAAUUAUGCUUUGUACAAUGCCCUAAUUCUCAUCAGUUAUAUUCAGAUACAACUGCAGCAUCAGGUUUUGCAUCCAAUAGUUUGUUCCGUGAAUGUCAAACGGGAGGUUGGAGUGGUGAUGUGGGAUUCUGUAAAGCUCGAUGCGCAGCACUUGAAGCCCCUAUGUAUAGCAGUGUAAUGCCAUCACAAUGCACAAGUAACCCUCAGGGUGGUGACAUAUGCACAUUAGAAUGUAAUGCAGGAUAUGUACUUGAUGGUGGUGGUUCUACACAGCAAGUUACUUGUGGCUUGGAUGGUCAUUGGAAUUAUGAGUUACUGCAUUGUAAAAAAACAUGCCCAGUAAUAGUGGUUGGUGCCAACCAAAUGGUAGAGCCUACCACAUGCUCCCAACACCCGUAUGAAGGAGAGACUUGUAUGUUAGGAUGUGCACCAGGGUAUACAAUAUCAGGGGUCAGUAAUAGGGUAUGUUUAUCUGGUGGGACAUGGGAUUCAGUACAAGCUACUUGUGUACCGGCAUGUUCAACAUUGUCUUCUAUUACAAAUGGUGUCGUAACAUCAGUACAAGGCUCUUGCUUCACCAAUAAUCCUCCAGAAGGCACUAAAUGUUCUUUGGUAUGUGACAGUGGGUAUACACCAUCAGCUGAUUAUACAACUUGUGACAGUAAUGGAGAUUGGACAGUUCCUAACAUUAUGUGUAUAAGAGCGUGCCCGUUGCUCUCUAGUCCCUCCAGUGGCAGUUGGUCGCCAUCCUCAUGCUCGUUAAGCGGCCACCACACCCCAUCCGUUGAUUGCACCCUUAGUUGCAAUGCUCCGUACAAUGUUGUUGGUUCGUCCACCAUUACAUGUGAUAGCAAUACUGGGGAAUGGAGUAAUAUGCCCGGUCACUGUGCAGUUACUUGCAAUGCAUUGAGUGCUCCUACAAACGGAGGUGUUACAUCCACCUGCACUACAUCUACCAUGGUUGGUACAUCAUGUAUAUAUACAUGUGAUGCUGGAUAUACUUUAACUGGAACCAAACAAGUCAGUUGUUUGGAUACUGGAUUAUGGUCUGCAGUUCAACCCUCUUGUGGCGUUGAAACUCAAUAUUUAAUCAAACAAACUUCUUCAUCUGGUGUUGUUGUGUGUCUUCAUGUAAACGAGAACAACAUGUUGGUAAAGAAAUAUGCUGCUGAUUGUACUAAAAAUACUGAAGGGAAUAGAUGGGCUCUAGUUGCUCCAACUAAUAUUGUGAACGUUUAUUCAAAAGAAUGUUUGACAACUUCAGCUACAGAUGAUGCUAAACUUGAAAUGGCAGCAUGUAACGUAGCAGACACUACCCAACAUUUCAUGUCAGGAUUUCAGUUUAAAAUUCAAUCCAACAGCGGUCGAUACAUCUCUUCAGGUUAUCGAUCUUCAGAUGUUCCACAGUUAACGGCGGCUGAAGCAAGGUUGAACAUGGACUCAGACUGGAAAUUAGAAGACAUGGCUGGUGCUGAAACAACCUUAUACGGGGCUAGAAACGCAGAUGGUUGUAAAGCUUACCAAUUAUCAUCGGAUGAUAUGGCCUCGACUUGCUCAGCAGGGCCACAGGCUGCUGCCUUUGCUUGCACUGUGUCUUGUGAUGCGGGUUACCAACUAACUAUUCCUGCACAAAGCAAUAUACAAUGUUUGUCUGGUUCAUGGGACAUGGGUUCUGACCUUAUGUGUGUAUCCACCACACAACCAUCCACCUCAUGCCAUGCAUAUGAUGCUACACUUAUAUCUGGAGCUACCUUAUCCCCUGCUACAUGUACUUCAGCAAGGAGCAAUGCUGGAGUCUCAUGUACAGCAACUUGUACCGAUGCCCAACAUUAUGUUGAUGGUCCAUCUUCAUUGACUUGCUUGACUAAUGGAAAGUGGUCAUCAUAUCAACCAACUAUAUGCAAACCUCACUGUAGUGCAAUAUCAGUGCCCAACUGUUUUGUGGUCAUCAUAUCAACCAACUAUAUGCAAACCUCACUGUAG